AUGGCUCCAAAGAAGUCAAGGAAAAAGAGGAAAAAUCAGCCUGAUGAGGAGGAAGGGCCCCAGCCUAUACCCGUGGCCGAGGAGAAAGCUACUGCUUCUGUCAUAGCUGGUGAUGAGGGUGAUGAAUUUGGUGAAGCCCAGACCGAGGAUGAUGAAAUGCUGCAGGAAGGGGGCCAAGAUCCACCAGCCGCCGCCAGUGAUGAGAACAACGUGACAUAUGGCCAUGCUACCUGCGGUAUCACCAAAGCCAUGGAGCAGGAGCUGGCCGAGUUUUUCGCUGACAAUGAGUUCAUCUACGACAAGAGCAAGGUGGACUUCAAAAACUCUAAGAAGAAGGAGCGCAAGUACAUGGAGAUGGCGGAAAAGCUGGGAGUCACCGUGGCCGACAUCAGACUAUGGUAUAAAAGCCAGAGGACCAUCCUGGGGAAGAUGAAGACCGCUGGAAAGAAGAGUGGUCAGAAGGCCAUCGUCCUUACCCCCAGGCAGAGAUGGGUCAAUAACAACCUUGGUUUUCUGACGAAGCACAUAGUCCAUCGGUCACAGGGCUGCCAACUGGGCCACCUCAGUGGCCGAAUUACUGAAGCCGCCUCCGACGAAGAGGGUUUAGAUGAGGAGGGUCCAGAUGCCAGCCAAGCACCCAGCUCCAACCAAGUCUCCAGCCAGGGGGCUGCACCUCCCAAGAAGAGGCAGAAGCAGAGGCGUGAAUAG